UUUUCAGUUUUCUUCGAAAACACAAUGUUUCGAAUACAAAAACUGCUUUUAGCGGACUUUCAAGAGAUUUACGAACCUGUUUUGGUUGAGAAUUCAUUCGCUGAGGUGACAGAAGGUGGGAUAGGAAUAAGACAAGUUCAAUUGGGAUUAACAGCAACGAAAAUUAUAAUUGGUGUUGAUGUUUUCAAAUCGAAUUCAUUGAAUGAUUGUUAUUUGACGAAUUUGUCGUUAGUUGAAAGAGAUCCCGAAAUUGAAUGUUUUGAACUUGUUGGUAUUCUUCCAUUGGAAAUACUGAAUGUAACAUUUUUCAAGAAAAAUAACCGCCAGAUAAUGAAUGUGAGGGUUUUUGAAGAGAAAAAUAUGUUAUUUGAAUUUGGAGGAUAUUUAUCUCAAAAUCUCUUAUGGAAUACCUGGCGUGAACGUAUUGCAACAUUAAAACAAAUUGGCCCCAAUCUAUUUCAUCUGACUGGAUCUUCACCAUUUUCAAGUUCAGAUGUUAUUGCUGAUGAAGAAGAAGUGACAGCUACCAUUCACUCAACUCCUCUCAAGAGAAAUUCAAUGUCAUCAGACAAUGAAUCAAAAUCAACAAACUUACCACUCCGAAGAAUUUCCAACAAUAUUUAUUCCAGAUGCACAGAUAUUAUUCAGAAAGCUUCAAAUACUUAUCUAUCUGAUUCUGAACAUCAAAACCAGAUGGAGUUACAAAAGUUUUAUCAAGCAUUAUCGAUAACUAACAGUCGUUCAUGUAGAUGCAACACAUCGUGGUAAAAACGACGGCGAUCUGACGUUUUGUCUAUGGUGAAAAAGAAUAAACCAAACUCAAGCCCACUU